UCGCGUGUUACAAUGGAAAAAAAUUCUGACUAAAACAGGAUCCAAAAGAUUAGGAAUUUUUGUUUGUGGGCGAACUACUCGGAUCACACUGCGAGGAAGCGGCGUUUGUGGAUAGAACGAUCUAGUCCUUCGUGGAAUCUUGCGGUUACGUUCUCCCCUUCGACAGACAUUGAACGAUUUGAGCUUGUGUAGGAGGAGGGCUUUGUGUUAGUUAAUUCAGAUCCACAACGGAAGGGCCUACGGUAGCAGGGGGGGCUUCUCCUGUCAACGGAGGAAGGGACAAUAAUCGUGCCAUUGCUGCAACUAAGCGCUGGGUUCCUCCUUCCAUAGUCAGGCGAAAUGCUCUUUCCCAAGAGGACAAAAACAACAUCACUUUCCGCAGGGUUCGUGGAAUCCUUAAUAAGCUUACACCUGAGAAGUUUGAUAAGCUAAGUGAUGACUUGCUGAAGGAAGAACUAAAUUCUAACUUUAUUCUCAAAGGUGUUAUCCAUCUGUUGUUUGAAAAAGCUCUAGAUGAACCGAAGUACAGUUCUAUGUACGCACAGCUCUGCCGAAGGCUUUGCAAAGAGGCACCUGGUCCUAACAAAGACGAGCCUUGCACUUUCAAAAGCAUCUUACUCAGUAUUUGCAAGACUCAGUUUGAGAACAGGUCAAAACAAAUCAGUGAUAAACGCAAAUCCUUAGGCAACAUCAAAUUUAUUGGUGAACUGUGCAAAUUAGAGAUAGCACACAAAGGUAUCAUAUUUUCGUGCAUGAAAAAACUUUUGGAAUCUAAACCGAAUCACCAAGAGAUGGCUGAAGAUAUUGAGUGCCUUUGUCAGAUCUUGAGGACCUGCGGUCAGAUUCUUGACAAUGACGAAGCACAAGGUCUUAUGGACCAGAUGUUUCAGAGGAUGUCAAAGCUGACAAAGAAUGUGAAUCUCCCUAUCCGCAUCCGUUUUAUGCUUCGUGACAUCAUCGAGCUGAGAAGAGACGGAUGGGUCCCUCGUAAGGCAUCUAAUACUGAAGGUCCACUGCCUAUGAAUCAGCUGUGUGACGAAAGUAGUCAGAUAAUGCGUGGGAACACAAAUGAAAGGCCUCCUCAACAGGAAUUGUUUCCUCGACCAUUACAGACGAGGACUACUGGUCUUGACAUUAUGUUAUCAGGAAGUGUUUCAUUCCUCCAACCUGAAAAAUUGUAUAACAACAACUCAAAUGGAUACCAUAACAGCAGCUACUCAUCUUCUAGGGAGCGAGGGUCCCAAAGACACAAUCACCACCAGCAAAAUAAUCAUUUCUACCAACAAAAUAGAUAUAAUAACCACCACCACAACAACAAUAAUAACAACUCCAACAAUAUUUCCAAUUCAAAAGACGUUCCGGCUAGGUUUGUAAAGAAAAUCCAAAUUGGCCAUGAGAAUUCUGGGAAUGUCGACCAGGUUUCGUUAAGGCCACCUGCUAAUUCUAUGCUCAUCAAACUACCAAACACCAAACCAGUAUCUUCUCACAUUUUCCCUGGGAAAACAGGAAUUGGUGAUUCAAUUAAUCCAUCUACCCUAAAACCAAACGCUCCAAUACAGUCUGCAAAAGUGCCCAUUUUAAUCAAACAAGCAUCUGCUGAUCGUAAUAAACCAAACAAAAAAGAGAAGGCUGCAACUAAGGAGGAAACAAUUAAAAAAGCUAUUGCGAUUGCUGAGGAGGUGUUGUCUGGUACAAAUAUAGAUGAUGCUGCUGCAAACUUUGCCCAACUGAAACCUCAGGACAGGCUGAUACCUGAGUGCCUUAGCUCGAUGCUGGCUUAUACCUAUCAAAAGACUGACAAUGACAGGGAGACUGUGAUGUCACUUUUGAUGAUCCUUAAGAAAAACGGAGCAAUAACAUCAUCUCAGUUUCAUGAUGCCUUCCGAUCCAUCCUAAAACCAAUGCCUGAUUUAGUUGCCACAGUUCCUAAUAUUUGUGAAUAUAUCGCAGGUUUUGCAUCGAUGGGCAUUAUUGAUGGCUGUUUGACAAUAGCACAACUAGGAGAAUUGACAGAAGAUGGUGCACAUUUUCCACUCCUUUUUCUUACUUUAGCUAAUCUAAACAAGAAAUUGGGCAAAGAAAGGCUCAUGGAAAUGUUUAGGGAAUCCAAAGUGAGCCUAAUGAACUGCUUAAGUGGAUCUGAAAGGACAAAAAGUAGGUUGAACGAAGUCUUGGAAGAAAAGGGCCUCGUCUUCCUUGAGCCUCUUUUUGUUCUUGAAUCCGAACUUUGGGCGGCGUUAGAGCGUGAGCCUUCGGCGCAGUCUUUGUAUAAAUGUGCGAAGGAUUCUGUCGCCCCGGAAUUACAGUCGACAUCUGCAUUUAUAACAGCUCUCAUAACGGUAUCUCUGAGGUAUAUCAUACAGGAAUCGACACGAGGCAAGGAGUUGACGAAUGAAACUGUGAAUGACAAAAUGAUCAUUGAAAAGGAAAAAGCGCUGCUAGAAAAAUUCAAAAACGUUCUCCGGACAUUCCUGAACGAGAACAUCGACCUUCAAGUCACUGCUGUUUACGCACUCCAGGUUUUCUGUUUCACUUAUGAUUUCCCCAAAGGUUUACUACUUCGUUGGUUCAUGAAUCUUUAUAACAUGGAGAUUGUGGAUGAAGAAGCAUUCCUUAAAUGGAGAGAGGACGUGACAGAUAUCUACCCAGGGAAAGGAAAAGCACUCUUCCAGGUGAACCAAUGGCUGACUUGGCUUGCUGAAGCUGAAUCCGAAGAAGAGGAGGAUGAAGAAGGGGACAAUUGAUUUUAUAAAUAAACGUCAUCAAAGUGAAGUAUAAUAGAAGAUGAAAUAAUUAAAAGAUUGACAGACCUCCAAGAUAUUAAAGACCGAAAAAAAGUACAAAAAAGAAAAAAACUAGCAUACUCCUUGGGAUCAAAGACACCUAGAAUUUUUACAAUUCGUUCAUUUGUAUUGUCUGUCUGUCUGACAACUCUAUAUUGGUUUUUCCAGUGAAGUGUCCCUAUUUUAUAUUUUUAAAAUACUUAAAAAAAGCAUAAUAAAAAAAUAAAAAAAUGGGAAAAAUAAUAAAAGACUCAAAAAACACCUCCAUUCUUUGGUAAUUGUUGCCAAGUGGUGAUUCUGUAUAUAAUAUCCAUAAU